AUGAUUGGUGACAUCAUAGAAACUAAAGACUGCCAACUAAAAGAUCCCAUGGAUUUGUUUAAUUCUGGGCAAGUUGUAAAAAUUUGUGCCCCUAUGGUCCGCUAUUCAAAGUUGGCUUUCAGAACCUUGGUUAGGAAAUACAGUUGCGAUUUGUGUUACACACCAAUGAUAGUGGCUGCUGAUUUUGUGAGAUCUGCAAAAGCUAGAGACAGCGAAUUCACGACAAACAAAGGUGAUCAUCCACUGAUUGUUCAGUUUGCUGCAAAAGAAGCCCAGGUUUUGUGUGAUGCUGCCCGUAUCGUCUGUCCUUAUGCAGAUGGAAUAGACUUAAACUGUGGCUGUCCUCAGAGAUGGGCGAUGGCAGAAGGUUAUGGUGCUUGCUUAAUAAAUAAACCAGAGCUCAUUCGAGAUAUGGUGAGGCAUGUGCGCAAUCAGAUCGACAACCCUAGAUUUUCAGUAUCUAUUAAAAUAAGGAUCCAUGAGGACUUAAAAAGAACAGUUGACCUGUGUCAAAAAGCUGAAGCAACUGGAGUUUCAUGGAUUACAGUACAUGGGAGAAGCGUAGAAGAAAGACAUCAGCCUGUACAUUAUGAUGCAAUUAAAAUAAUUAAACAAAGCGUGUCUAUACCUAUUGUGGCUAAUGGAGACAUUAAAACUUUAAAAGAUGCUGAAAAUGUUCAUCGCUUGACAGGAGCAGACGGUGUAAUGGUGGCUAGAGGACUCUUAGCAAAUCCGGCUAUGUUUGCAGGGUACGAAGAGACCCCUUUGAAGUGCAUCCAGGACUGGGUUGACAUUGCUCUUGAGCAUGGAACUCCUUUUACGUGUUUUCACCACCACUUAAUGUACAUGAUGGAACACAUAACUUCAAAACAAGAAAAAAGAGUUUUUAAUGUUUUAUCAAGCACCUCAGCAGUACUAGAUUACCUGAAUGACCAUUACGGUGUUUGAUAACUGAAGGUAUUUUAGUUCUAUGGAAACUUGUAUUUUGCAAUUGCUGAUACAUUGUUAAAGUUUUAAUUGGGUUCCUACUUACUUGUCACAUUCACAUAUUGCCUGAGUAUUUUCAACACAGUGUAACAUGAUGAGGGUGAUACUUUAUAUUUUUGAUAUUUUUAUGUCAGCAUUUUUCACUCCAGAAAAUAUUCCAGAUUCCACAAAUGUGGAAUUUCAUUUACGAUGCACUACUACACAGAGGAUUGAUUAUUGUAAGACUCCAGUAAUUUAUUUUUUUCACCAGACAAUUGCUUACAGCAGUAUUUUGCAAAACUAGGGCCUUUCUU